CGGCUCUCUUGUCGAUAUCAAUGCUGCGAUUGCCCAGAGAACUAUACAGUACUUAGAAACCAUUAAGAAAACCUCCAUAAAGUGUCUGUGUCAGUGUAUGGAGUUCCAGUUUGACCAUGUCAUCUCGGACCGGAUCAUGAUCCUACAGAGGAUGCAGCUGCUUGCCAAUGUACUAAAGGACCAGAAGAUCCUGUCCUGGGAGUUUUUCAUGGCUCGCUUUGACAGUCUUUCCUUGGAGGCCCAAUUGGACCUGGAGAACCAUGGCGACAUCGCUUGUCCUACAGAUCUUACCAGCAGUGAUAGGGAGAGUGAACACUUCCUAAGGAAGAUAAACAGAGCCAGGUUUGCGAUGGCACGGACAGACAGUAUCCGGUCCCUGAGCAUGAGUAUGAAUGGGAAACCCCCAUACCGGCGGGCCGUGUCAGUACCGAUGCAUCUCCUUACCAAGACCACCCCACCGAAACUAGACCAAGCCAAAGAGAAGUCUUGUAUCAGACAGCAGUCAGAACCUUACUUCAACCUUGGUCGACGCAUGACCGCCAAACACAACAUGGGAACCUUCGGUAAUAUGAUGUUCCCAGGUGGUCAGCUGAAGGAGUUUACAGACGAGGAAAGUAACUUCACAGCCCUGCUACAGAAAGCCAUGGAUAUGGAGGGAGUGGACAGAGACACGGUCUACACACUGGUCAACCUCCUGAUGAAGUUUAUGGUGAAGUGUGGACACGAGAAUGAUGACAAAAACACCAGCAAGACACAGAAUAUUGUCCUGAGACACCUGAACAUCUUACUGGGCUAUAACCAGACAGAGAAAUCCUUCAGCGUGCCUCCUAACAAGCUAAGAACCUCAGCCGUAUUCAAUGCGUUUCUGUCUGGAGUUCCUGCAGUGCUUGACCGUAACUUUGGCCUUGGCAGUACCAUACUGCCCAUUACACUGCUGCUUCUCCAGUACAGCCCAUCUCCCCAGCGCUACGCCAGCGACUACCAGCCUCCUAACUAUACUUUGUGGUUCCUUGAGCCCCACACUCGUAUCUCCUGGCUGUCAACUCUGCUGGUCAUACUCUACAAGUACCAGUUCUACACCUCCCCUGUGUCGGCCAUCAUACAGACACUGAUCCGCAUCGUCAUCAACACCCUAGACGCCCAGCAUCAUCGCUGUAAGACUUCUCAUGAUGAUGGCUUCCCGCCCCCAAGUCCGUCUGUCAUCAGAAGCAAAGACAACAAAAUGAGCAAUGACCUUGAAAAAAUUCAAGAGACAGAAACCCCACCACAGAGCCCUAAAUCCAAGGAAACUGUGGCACUGAAUCUUAAGUCCCCUUCAGAGGCCAGUACUGUGUCCUACACCAGAGAAGGAGGAGCUACCGGGGGUUGCUUUCCUAUCAAGGAGCAGAGUGUGGAGGAGACUACAGAAACCCCUAAACGACCUGUUCGACAGCGCAAGCCACGCAAGAUUAUAGAGUACAAUGAACCAGACAGUGGCAAGGGGUCAAAGGUCAAGGACAAGGAUGAAAGUCAGUCACUUAAGGAGAAGAGUGGGGGUGGGAUCCACCAUUCGCGAGCUGUCCGGGCCCGCCCACUGUCUCCCCUGGCCCGCUCACCUACCACACCUAUCUCUCGCCCCACAACUCCUACGACCUGUCCUACAUCUCCAGCCAAAAUCCUGACCACUCCUACAGAGGAGAAACAGACUUCACCCUCUUCUGUGGAGAGUAUCAUGGCUCAGCAACUCCAGGCGUUUUCCACCUCUAAAUCAGACACAUUGCCUGAGAGUCCAGAAGAUCAAUCUGAGGCCGAUGAUAAGAGUGGAAGUGCCAUUGUUGAGCCUGUGUCGGUGAUACCCGCGUACCUCAGUGGUAAGGGGGCACGCUCAGUGAGUAGCAGCAUCACAGAUGGGUCCAGUUCUCGCUCAACCACAACCACCACGGCCGACAUAAGUCACGGAGGAAUGUCCGAGAUUGAGAGUGCAGAGGAUAGUGAGAAGACUCAGACAACCUCUGAUGCUGAUGACUCUGAGAAACACACAGACUCUGGAGGUGAUCUGACACAAGAGGACAACAAAGGUGACCAGGACUUACUGACCUUGCCCGGCAGAUGUAACACCAUCAAACCAAACUUCCGUCAGAGGAAGGCGCGUAAGACGGGACUGACCACUGUAGAACUACAGAAAAUCUACCCGGACAUGACGGAACCUUCACAGGAGGAGCACAAACCUACAGGUCGUAGAUCAAGGAAAAACGAACAAUUAACAAACAGGAAAACUCCUAAAAAACCGACCUCCUCCCGGUUCGGUGAUAAUGUAAUGGUGGAGCGGUGUCCUGAGUGUAACGUCCUCCUGGAGCAGUAUGACGAGGACACUAUUGGUUAUUGUAUCGUAGUUCUGUCUACAUUUAUACACAGGGAGCCAUCACUAGCCACACCCCUUCUGUUGGAGACACUACAGUGUGUGUCCAUAAUUGCUUCCAGUAGCCCUUUUGUUUGGCAAGGACAAAGUAACCUGAUGGUUCCGGGUAACAGCGUCAGUAUAGCCCGCCAGUUCCUCCGUUGCUGUCUGCACCAACUGGCCCCCAAUGGCGUGUUUCCCAUGCUGUUCCAGAGUACCCUUGAAGACCCUCCGUUUUUCAAGACGAUGGCAGCUGCGUUGGUAGACUUCAAUGAGCUAACCUGCCAUGCUCCUAUUCAGUUUCUGUUGGAGGGGUUAAACAACCGUAAGAAUCUGCCACCUCCUGAGAACAUAGUCAUCAUCCUCAACAAUCUGUCAACCUACAUGAACUACAUCUCCCUGGAAACCUCUGCUCCCAUGGUUACCAGCAUCAUCAGUCAGUUUGACAUUUUCAUGAGGAAGUUACCGACUGUGCUGCCCAACCCUUGUGACACCACAGCACUCCUUAAAAUCAUCCUGGCUAUCCUCAAAGUAUCGGGCAUCAACAACGCCAGGUAUAUCCUUGAACCCUUCUCCAAACUGCUCAGCUUCACCAUACAGAACUGCUCCUUCAAACUCCAACAUCUCCUUGACAUCUGUUCCGUGUGUAACCGUGUCUUCUUCAAGGAAAGGGACAAGCUGUAUCUUACUAGGACCGUCAUCUUUGAGCUGAUCCAAGCUAUGAAGUUCAAACACAGUCUGCCGGAUGAGAACUUCCUCCUCCUGGUACAGUUCGUUGUGCUGGAUGCGGGGGGCACGAUUGGAAACACAAACAUUGUUGGGGAGGGAGGCAUGCUUUAUCACAGUCAUGCUAACAUGCUCAUCAGUACGUGUGCGGCAGAGUGUAUGAGGGACCACCUCCAUGACUCCAUCGAGUUUGUAGCUGACCCCCACACUCUCACAAAGGUCAAGAGUAAUAUGAAGGGAGGGUCUAGCAGCCUGAAUGAGGACACCCUAGGGAGCCAGCUCAAGUCAGGCAUAGCCCAGUUUGUUUCUCUUGAGAUGACUCGGGGCAAUGGUCGGGACAACAGGGCUAUCUCACGGUACCUACCCUGGCUAUAUCACCCUCCCUCCACCGUACAACAGGGACCAAAAGAGUUUACCGACUGUAUUGGACACAUCCGUCUGCUGUCCUGGAUUCUCAUUGGCUCCCUGACUCACACAGCAAUGACAGAAGGCUCCGCCCCCAUCUCAUGCCUUCCAAUCCCAUUGGAUGCCAGCACCUAUAUAGCUGAACACGUUCUUGUAAUCAUGACUGGCUUUGAUGAAAGGUUAAAGGACAAUAUCCUUCACAUGAGCUCUCUUUUCCAUGCCUUUAUACUAUGCCAGCUAUGGACAAUGUACUGCGAGUCGGCUGCAGCCCAGCACCCUAUCCACAGUGAUAGUUACAAGGUGGCCUCCUCUACCGUAAUGGACUUCUGGGGGCGGGUAACUCCAGGGAUACUACAGAUGCUUUCUACACCAAAGGAGCCUGGGGACAUCAAAGUAACAACACAUCAGCUUGCGGAGAAAGUAAACUUACAGUUCCUGAGUCUGAUGGAGGCCCUGCGAGAGUGCAACUCUUCAGUUUUAGCCAAGUUGUUUCCGAUGUGGACGACCAUUUUGUUUACUCAUCACUCCAGUUUGUCGGGCCAUCACCAGGUGAAGCUACAGACAUGUGAGAACUGGGAACCCCCCAGUCCCACUAAGGACCUGGCCUCUGUCAACUCAACAGUCCUCCUCAACUGGCUCAAACGUAGCCAGUUCAAACUUGGUCAGAUUGAGGUCCAGUCCUCCGCGGCCACCCAGUUCUAUGCUGUAUAAUCUGCCAGACUUAUGCUGUGUAACACAAUGACAAUGGUUGUGUGAAUUAACCCAGCUAUAUAAUGUAUUGCCAAUGUUUUAAGCUGGUCUCCAACAAAGUAGUUCUACUAUUUUUAUCGUACAACUUUUGCUAAUAUGACCCGAGUUCCUGCUAUAGUAGGUCCUCAAUAAUGUGUUCGCUAAACAAGAUGGAGAUCAAUUCUUGGGGAUAGAAAAUAGCGAAAAUACAGUAUUAUAUGUUACCUGGUACCAAAGUGUAGUUGAAUAACUUUAAUUGUAAUGUUGAGAUUGGAAAACUUCCAAAAAGUAUCUUGUGCAAUUGUUUCUUCCAGUCUUAUGUACAGUAAAACAUGUUUAUGAAAAGCCGAGGGGAACUGAGAAAUCAGUUCACUACAGUAAAGCAUAUUUAAAAUGAAAACCAAUAAAGGUAAGAAAUUGAUUAUAGAUCUACAGCUGUAAUUGGUUACAGAGUGUGACGUUACAGAGAUACGAGGCAGUGAAGAUACAGUAUUUAGGAAAUAAGACCUUGCCAGAGAAAAAAACUAUGACUUUUACUGUAAACAAGAAUUCACAAUAAGCAUGUUUUACUGUAUCUAGUGCAGUCAUUGGUAAAGUAUUGUGACUUAUUUUAUGAACUCUUUAUCUGGUGCAAUAGUUUGAUAAAUUAUUCUGACAUUUUUUAUGUUACCCACAGGGGCAUCGCACAGACACCCAACCCCCAUGGUCCAUAUAUAUGUGUGUAUUAAUUAUCAUGUAUCAUGAUACACAUAUAUACAGACUGUUGGGUUGGAGAUCUGUGUCGCACCCACGUGUUGUUACCUAGUGCAAUAGUAUUGAGUUUUAUUGUGAAGCAUUAUUUUACAUUUAUUUUUUAUAUGUUAAUUAUUACCCCGUAAUUACAUUUUUUGGGACUUUUUCACAUUUAAACUCUGUAUUUUAUGUAGUGUUCAUAACCCGUCCAUCAGAUGCCAACGGUCACCUUUCACUAAACCCCAACAUCUAAUUCAGUCUCCAAGACCAAAGUGUGAGUAGAGUAAUAGAUUAUAUAGAAGCUCAUUGUAGAAAUAUGUUCAUAUUUAACUCAUUCACCCCCGAGAUUUCAUAAUGAACUAUUCCAACCUUUUCAUUGGAAGAGUUCAAAUGUGUCUUCAGGGGUGAAUGGGUAAACACUGUAUACCACCAAUGCUGUUAUAUAACCCUACAUGAUUUAUUGCUUUGUAACUAUUAUAGAAAAUGGGGGCGGGAGCUGAGUUACGCAAAGUGAUAAAGCCAAAACGAAUAUAUGCACAAUGUAGUGGUUUGUAUCUAUUAUACAAUGUGUUUUUUUAUAACUUUUAGCUGCGACAGGUAACCAGAAAAGGAUUUUUUUUGUUUUUGUGACAUGUUAUGAUGUAACUCUCAAAAUAGGAAUUAUGAACCUUUAUUAGUGACAGAUCACUGUUGAAAAAGGAAUUGAAUUUCUUGGCCAAUAUUUGUGGUCGGUAACUAUUUAAAAGGAAUUCUUCAAAUGUAGGUGUGUAAGGUAUUAAACCACUAUAAAACAAAUUCUUAUCUUUUAAUUUGCGUCUAGUUGGUGUCUGAUAUUAUUGUUGAAUCUGAUGGACUUAUAUUGAAUUUGCCAAAAAUAAAUGUACAUUAAGAUAUUAUAUACAUGUUAACCAGAAAAUAUUAUAUUGUUUAUGUUAGUUUAUAUUUAUUAGACAAGUUUUAGAUUCUAUACCAUUUGAUGUUGUUUGUUUAUUGCAGUGUAUUUAUUGAAAAUAAA